CAGCUCAUCUCCACCCACCAGGACCAUGAAGACCUUCACAGCAGCCCUUGCUGUACUCUUUGUGGCUGUCCUCUGCUACCAGGUGUCCUCUUCUCCUCCUUCUCUCAACCAUUUUGGUCCCUGCUGCCCUAAGUUCAUCACCAGACCGUUGCCCUUGGGAUUUGUGAGGAGCUACAAGCACACAGGCAGCUACUGCUCCCAGCCAGCUGUGAUAUUCACCACCGUCAAGGACAGGCUGGUCUGUGCCAGUCUUGACGAGAAGUGGGUCCAGGACAUGAUGACUCAAUUAAAGGACAAGAAACUCAGUGAAUGAGCAAAGCCCUGCUCCCUCCAAGCAUUACCUCAGCAAGGACCGGCUCUCAUGGGCACCUCCGAGACAAAUCCCUGCUUUCUCAUUGCCUAGGAGUUUGGCAGAUUAUUUAACACAGUGUUUAGCUCUCUUAUUUAAGUUUCUGCAAAGGCAAUCUUAAUUUAUUUGGCAUUUUCAGUGAAACUUUUCAUUCUCGUUUGCACUGAUGGUGUUGAAGUUAUUUUUGCAUAAUAAAAAGGAGCAAAACCUGCAGCUUGUCCCUCUGGUUCUUGGGAUGCUCCAUGGAGACUGCGGAGGGCAGCAGUGACUGGGUCCAGGCUGUCACUCGGGGUCUGUGGGUGGUACCUGG